UCCAUCCACAAAUCUCUUCUUCAGUCUUACACCAAUCCAAACCCAAAAUGACAAAACCAACUCUUAUUUUCCUCAUAUUGUUUUCUCUCAACUUUGCUUCUAUUUCUGCUUUAUCCCAAAAACCAAAAGCCUUAGUUUUACCAAUACGCCAAGAUGUAGGUACUAAUUUACUAGUGGCUGAUAUUUACGGAAGAACCCCUCUUAAACCCGUGGGCUUUGUAGUGGACCUUACAACCCGCCACUUAUGGGUUAAUUGUGAAACUAAUUACAAAUCAUCCACUUUGACCCAGCCCAAAUGUAAAUCAGCCCAAUGUCAAAAAGCUGGUACUAAAUAUUGUCAUACUUGUCCAAUAGCAGCUAGACCAUUUUGUCAUGCUAAUACUUGUGGGUAUUAUUUAGAAAAUCCAGUAACCCAUCAGAAUACUGUGGGUGAGUUAGCUGAAGAUGUUAUUGCUUUUAGUUCAACUAAUGGGUUUAACCCGGGCCCAUUGGUCCAAAUACGGGAUUUCUUAUUUACUUGCUCGCCUUCAGCUCUGGUCGAGCUAAAGUUACCUAAAGGUGUACAAGGUGUAGCCGGGCUGGCCCAUGCUCCGAUUGCAGUACAAAACGUGUUGGCCUCUAAACUUGGGCUUAAGCCCAUUUUUACUAUGUGUAUUCCAUCGGGUAAUUCUAAUGGAGUCAUUUUCUUUGGGUCAGACGGGCCUUAUAGUCUCCUUCCUGGGCUUGAUUUUUCAAAAACACUUAAAUAUACACCAUUAACUAUAAGCCCAUUUGAUGAAUAUUACAUCAAUGUAAAGGGUAUCAAAAUUAACCAAAAGCCCGUUCCGGGCCUUAACAUUUCAUUGCUUUCGGUAAAGGACACGGGUUCUGGUGGUGGAACCACAAUCAACACUUUGUUACCUUACACUAUUUUAGAAGGUUCUAUUUUUAAGGCUAUAACAUCUUUUUUUGCUCAACAGCUUUCUAAGGUUCCUACAGUAAAACCCAUUGCACCAUUUGGGCUUUGUUAUGAGUCCAAAUAUUUCUCAUCAACUUUAUUAGGGCCUGGAGUUCCAAGUAUUGAUCUUGAGUUAGAAGGUAAGGAUGCAGUUUGGUCUAUAUUUGGGCUGAACUCAAUGGUAGAGGCCCACCCUGGAGUGUUAUGUUUGGCAUUUGUGAAUGGUGGAAAUGAGUAUAGAGCUAAAGUUAAUAUUGGAGUCUACCAGAUUAAAGAUGUUCCACUCAAAUUUGAUUUGAGUAAAUCAGUCUUGGGCUUUGGUGGCCCGCUAAGUGGAGCCCGAACCCAUUGUGAGAAUUUCAACUUCACUACCGUUGCUUGAUGAAAGGGUAUUUCUUGAUGUGGGGGUAUUUGAUUUGACCAAGUCCAAAUUGCU